UCAGGCUUUCGUUUGUACUUUGUACAGCAAGCCGCAGUCGCACGAAGCCAGGCGCGCGCGCAACUCGCAGCGUACGUUUUCCCGUGUUUUUGACUUUUCCAAACAGUUACGUGAUAUCUUGUGAUUACUAGAAGUGAGAUCUGUAAUUAAAAUGAAGUUGCACAUAAAGUUGUUUGAUGUGAUACCGGCGCGGUUCAACGUAGCCCUGAUGAUGUUCUUCGCGUGCUGGGUCAACUACAUGCUGCGGGUCAACAUGAGUGUCAACAUCAUCGCUAUGGUUCCUGACGACCACAAAGCCACAUCGGUGAAAAGCGAAUGCAAGGCCAUAGUAAAUGACGACGGGCUAUUGUACAAUGAUACCACAGCCGUGGUCACCAGGCGGGACAUACGUCAGCCAGAAGGCACGGUUACAUUCAACUGGACAGCGCAAGAGCAAGCCUAUGUCUUAUCGAGCUACUUCUGGGGCUAUGCCAUCACCUGUCUCUUCAGUGGAACGGCAGCCGAGCUGUGGGGUCCGAGGAAGGUGGUCUUCUUCACCAUGCUUCUGUCUGCUGUGCUGACGAUACUCACGCCGCAGGCCGCUAGACUGCAUUAUGUGAUGCUUGUUGUCGUGCGAUUGGUGAUUGGCCUCGCUGCAGGUUUUCUGUUCCCGGCACUGCACGCUCUGGUGGCUCACUGGGCGCCACCGGCCGAGAAGGGCAAGUUCGUGAGCGCCUUGCUCGGCGGCGCGAUCGGCACCGUGGUCACGUGGUCCCUCAGUGGACCACUCAUCGAGACGUUUGGGUGGGGCGCUGCGUUCUAUGUACCAGGAGCGAUUGGUGUAGUUUGGUGUGCAAUAUGGUGGGUGCUCGUAUAUGACUCACCUGUAAAGCAUCCAAGAAUUUCUGCUGAAGAAAAGGCAUAUAUCCUAGAAGCUAUUGGUGACAAAGUUCAACAGGGCUCGAAAGAUACUAAGGUCGUGCCCCCAUUCAAGAGCAUCUUAACCUCCCUGCCAUUCUUAGCCAUGGUGAUCCUCCAUUACGGCAGCAACUGGGGCUUGUACUUCGUGAUGACUGCUGCCCCGAAGUUCGUCUCCAGUGCACUCGGCUUCAACUUAACAUCAACUGGAACUUUAUCCUCCUUGCCCUACUUGGCUAGGAUGAUAUUCUCACUGAUUUUCGGCGCUAUCGGCGACAGAAUCGUCAAACAAAACGUGGUCUCCACGACAUUCAUGCGCAAGUUCUUCUGUCUAUUCUCCCACAUCGUACCUGGUCUGCUGCUCAUUGGUCUAGGGUUCACCGGCUGUGCACCCAUCCUCUCUGUGGCCCUCAUCACGUUCUCCAUGGGGUCCAAUGGUGCAGCCACCUUGACCAAUUUGGUGAACCACCAGGAUCUUGCGCCGAACUACGCUGGGACUUUAUAUGGGAUAGCUAAUGGAAUUGGGAACACUGCUGGAUUUGUGACCCCGUUGGUGACUGCCUACUUUACAAAGGAUGGGAAUGGCUUCGCUGAAUGGCGGCCAGUCUUCAUGACCGGCGCAUCUCUGUACAUCGCAUCAGCGAUGUAUUUCAUACUGUUCGGCACAGGAGUGACUCAGAAGUGGAACUACAUAGCCCCGGUCGAAGUAGAAGAAGACAAGAGGGCCAACGACAACAACACAACAACAACAGCGACAACGACAACAACAACAACGGACACGACCAUUAACAUUCCCAACAAGACGUAGAUGCGUACUUCGUAAUGACGUAAAGUUUUUUGCGCGCGGAUGAAAUCAAUGACUUAUUUAUGGAAGUCCAUGGGUACAAAGAAUUAUUAAGAUUAAUGGUUCUUGCUGUACAAAAAAUAACUUUAAGCGUUAAUUUUUUUAAUAUAUUAUGACUUCAUUUCGGAAAAAAUACCUACCUAAUACAAACGGUGUAACUCGAAAAGAGGCUUAACUGAGAUUGAAAAAUUAUGCUCAUUCUGUAUUUUAUAACCAGGUACUUACUUAUUGUCUAUGUUAAAUUAAGUACUUAUUUUUUGCAGAAAAUUAUUAGCUCAGAGAUUUAUAGUUGCCAUGAAUAUUAUGUAGUAAUACGAUUUAAAAAUAUUUGAUAUAAAAAUAAUCUGGACAUGUUUGUAACUAUAUGUAUUUAAUUUAAUUCGUGGAAUAUUUAUCAACUAACAAGGUAGAAAACGCAUGUCAUAUUUUUAUACCUAAUUUAUUUAAAAUUAUGGAUUUCUUUGGAUUUAUGUAAUAUUGUUUUAACAUAAAGUGUUAUUCAAAAGAUAUUACCAUGUAUAAUUUGUAUAAAGCUUAUCAAUCAAAUAAAAAUUAUUAUUAGGGGUAAAAUGACCAGCGAUUUACACCCUCAUUUUAAUUUUUUUUUUGUUUAUAAACAUUUCACAUCGAGUUUGGCUUUAGUAUAGUUAAGAUCACACUAUUGUGUCUGUUAUGCUACAAUAACACUGUAAUAUAUUAUUCAAAAAUAAUCGACAAUAUGUCUGCUUUUUCUUCGUUAUUUCUAUCGGGUAUAUUGAAGCCAACAUGGGAAAAGAAAAGCUAAUCUUUCCUAUAUGUUAGUUAGUGAAUCUGGUCGCUGAAAGUAGAUACAAAUUAAGCAAUAUUUCAUUUACCUACAAAAGGCUUUUUAUUAAAUUACAUCCAUUUUUUACAAUUCAAAUUAAAAAUAUAACUUACGCCAUUGACGAUCAAUUAUUCUCACGUUUCUGCAGCUCCAACGACUAUAACUGAUCGUGUAUUGGUCACUGCGUGCAUGACCGCUUAACUUAUGAAACGUCUUCGCUUUCUUUUGCGCUGCAAAAACGUGAGAAUAAUUGAAUAAUUGACCGUCAAUGGCUGACUUAACGAGACUUUCGACACACGUGUUUGUCAAACAAUUUCUUAGUCUUUGUUGUCUUUCUUAGUCAAAUGUUGAAGCAUUUGUCAAAUAUUACUUGAUGAAAAGUCAAGUUUGACAAGCAAGUUUUUUUAUUAAAAGAAGAAGUUUGUCAAACGUGUUUGAUCGUUUAUAUACGCCAUUAGCUUGAGUAGUGCCUUUCGAUGCAGUUCGAUCCAAAACGGACACAUUUUAGUUCUAAAGUAAUGACUGAACAAACAAACAAACAAACUCGAUGCUUGUAAAGUAAGCUUAGGCCUAGGUCCUUUUUUUUAAUUUUGUACAACCCCGUCUUUGGCGUACAUCAUUUGAAGAAGCGUUCGUCUACUUGCCUUUUAGAUUUCUUGCUAGGAUUUAUUUUUUACAUCUUUAUGUUAAUGUCACAAGGUUUGCAUUUGCCAACUAAGGCUACAUACACACGGUAAUGUCCAGCACAUAUUUUUUACACUAUAGGUAGUCUAAAAUCAUUUUCGGUGGACGUUUUAUUGCAGUAUUAACAUCGUGUGACUGGUUCUAUGAACAGUGCAUAUAUGAUGUUCAUUUACAGCAGCUGCUACCGUCGACUGCAGUCGGCGACGCCAUCGCCAACUGCUUAACUAUAAUGAUUUGAAUAAUAAAGUUGACUGCCGUUGGCUGCCGCAGAGACGUUGCUGACUGCAGUCGACUGCGGUCGUCGGUAAAGUUGCCGCUCGUGUAAAUGAACCUUUAUUCGUUAUUAAGAUGUAUGUAUAAAAAAUGUGGAGGACAAUGCCGUGUGAAUCUAGCCUAAUUCGAAAUAUGUAUACACUUAAAUAUAAUUAUGUUGGAAUUUUCUAUAUAUUAAAACGUGAAGCGAAAACUGACAGUAGGUAUUGUCUAUAUUUUUUACGAAAUUUGCGCAAACGGUGUAGUUAAUAUGAAGAAGACAUGAAGAAUAUUUUGAUAUUACCUAUAUAAAUAAUGCAUUAAAAAUGCAUUAAACCUAUAUAAAUAAUGCAUUAAAAAUGUAAUAGAGAAUAAACAUUUGUCUCUAUCUCGUAUGUAUUAUACUCGUAGUAAUGGGACAUAAAAAUAUAACAUCUACAGGAUUUACCAAAUCCUAUUAAUAAUACCUACUCAAUAGAAUCGCCUCAAGUGUUCGAAUAGCAAUUCUAACCGUUUGUUUUUAUUAUAAAAAUGUUAUAUUUUUAGUGGCGAAAAUUGGUAAUAACUACGUAUCUAAUUAAUUAUUAUUAUUAUGACUGUGAUGAAUUUAUUAUGAGUAAAUAUGGAUUGACUAUAAUAUUAUAAAAUUUAAUGUUAAUUAAAUUAUUCAGAAUUUUAUGUA